AUGGAGAACAAGGAGGACCCGGCGAGGCAAACGUCAGAGGAGCGCAGCGAGGCGGAGCCCAGUCUGGACGAGCAGCUGCACGACGCCCGGCUGGAGGGCUCCAACGCGCCCGACCGCCUGCAGACCCCGGCCGCCGUCUGGCUUCCCUUUUCGGAGAGCCCUCACUCCCAAGACGUAGGGCGGGAAGCGGCCAAGAACAAGAGGCCCUCUGGCAGCGGGGGCUGGGGCUGGAUCAGCACCUGGAGCGGGCGCGUGCGGCGCCUGCUGUCCAGCUGGGUGCUGUACCAGGUGCAGCAGAGGCUGAUGCUGGGGGCGCUGCCCGCCAAGGUGGCCGGCUACUUCCUCCUGGGAGCCCCGGCGGUGGUUGCUGGGGCGCUGCUGUACAAGCAGGUCAGCGGCAAGUCUCUGGCUGCCAGCUUGGUGCAGGCGUUUGGGAACCUCUACCAUUUCCCAGGGCCCAUGGUCCUGAAUGAUGUCAACAUCGCGGCCACUGCGGUGAACGUGGUGAUGUUCUUCAUGGGCACCCUCACCUUUGCCUUGAUCCUGGGUGUGAUCACCGAAGACCUGAACAAGAGGUACGAUCACAUCCGGCAGGGGAGCUACCCCGUGACCGCGCGCAACCACACCCUGAUCCUGGGCUGGAGCUGCCAGCUGGUCCCGCUGCUGCGCCAGAUGGAGGUGGCGCGACGCGAGCGCGGCGCCUUCCCCGGCACGGUGGUGAUCCUGGCGGACCGGCCCAAGCCGGAGAUGGACGCGGACCUGGCCUCGGCCCUGCCUCACACCAGCUUGGACAUCGCCACGCGCCCCGGCGCCCCCUCCUCCACCGUGUAUGUGGACCGCGCGGGUGGCGCGCAUGCGGCGUGUGUCAUCGUCCUGCGCCCCGACGACGGCGCCCCCAGCGCGCUGGCCGGCUGCGGCGACGCGGCCGCGGAGCGCCAGGUGGCGAGCGUGCUGGCGCUGCAGGCGGUGCGCGCCUCGCUGGCGGGGCGACGCGACGGGCGCUGGGCGCGCGGCCACGUGCCCAGGCCCCAGAACGUCAUCCUGCAGACGCCGGCGGGGGCGGGGACAGGGGCGCGGGCGCCCUCCGUGCUGGCGCUCGCCGACCUGCUGGCCGACCCCGCCACGCCCGCCGCGGCGCAGGCCCUGGAGCUGGACGACCUAGAUCUGGUCGGCGGGCUGAGCGCGCUGCUGGCACGCAGCGCGGCGCAGCCGGGGGUGGCCUCGGUGCAGGCCAGCCUGCUGCAGCAGACGCGGGGCGGGGCCUGGGUUCGCGUCCUGCCCGUAGACGGCGCGCUGGUGGGCACGACGUACGCCAGAGCGCGGCGGCGCUACCCCGCCGCCGCCUGCAUCGGCCUGGUGAGCCCGGGGCGGGGCGCCACGCUGAACCCGCGCGACGACAUGCCCCUGCACGAGGGCAUGGGCCUGGUCCUGCUCGCGCACGGCAGCGGCAAGCUGCACCCCGUGCGGGGCGUGGGCGACGUGGAGCUGGCGCGGGGGGAGGCGGGACAAGCGGCGCCGCACCGGCCCGACGGCGGCGAGACGAAUGGCAAGGACGCAUUGCGGGACAAGGCCGACCCCGACGCGAACCAUAAGGAGGUGGCCGGGCGCCUGGUGACGAGGAGCGGCGCCAGUCUGGGCAGCCGAGACGUGCUGGGGUCGGCCGACGGCGGGGCCAACGGGGCCAAGGGGGAGCGGUGCGGCGUGGACUUGCUGCUGCGCCAUGUCCGCGGCAACCCCUCCAGCAUCGACCUGCUGGAGGAGGCGGGGGUGGCAGAGGCCGACUCCGUCAUCAUCCUCAGCCGCAUCCUGCGUGCGCUCAGGGUGGUGGGAUUCUUGUUGCGUGUGGAUGGGGGGGAGUCCUUGGAAGUGUCCGGCAGCGAGGAGUCGAUCCAGGGCGACGCGGAGCUGGUCUCGGCGCUCCUCCUCCUGGAGGCAUGCCUGCUGAAAAGAAAGCGCCUCCUGCGCGCCCCCCUGCACGUGCUCGGCACUAUCCGGCGGCCGGACACCGUGCAGGUGGCCAACCACAUCCUGGCCCGCCUGUGUCGCGGCAAGAUGACCGCGGAGCUGCUGCAGCCGGACGAGAUUGCGGCGGGGGUGCUGACGCAGAUGGGCGCUGAGCCGCGCCUGCGCUCCGUGCUUGCCACGCUGAUCGGCAGCAGCAGCGGGAACGGGACUGAGGUCUUCCUCAGGUCCCCUGGCUGGCUGGGCAUAUCCUCGUGGGGAAUGGUGCGAUUUGCCGAGGUGGCAGAGCUGGCUCGGAAGCGCGGGGAGACGGCAAUUGGGCUGAUCACACGGGAUGGCGCCCUGAUCCUGGCACCCGGCGGGGCCGAAGAACGGGAGUAUGUGAGCGAGGACCGGGUUGUCGUUCUGGCAUAG